CCCUAACCCCCUCAGCCCUUCAUUCCCCACGCCAGCCAUCGAGCCAUGUCGAGCCCCAGGAGGAGCGUCGAGGGACGGCCGUUGGGCGCCUCCUCUUCCAGCAACCACAGCAGCCCCGGCAGCCCUGCGCUCGGAGGCGGUGGCAGGUUCGAGUUCCAGUCCCUGCUGAGCAGCCGCACCGCGGCCGCGGACCCCACCUCUGCAAGGCUGCGCGCCUCCACAGAGAGCCCCGUGCACCGCCGUGGCUCCUUCCCCGUGGCCGCGGUGGGCUCCUCGCAGGCGACCCCGAACGCGCUGCCCGAGGAUGACCGAAUGGACCUGAACCCCUCCUUCCUGGGCAUCGCCCUGCGCUCGCUGCUGGCCAUCGAUCUGUGGCUGUCCAAGAAGCUGGGGGUGUGCGCCGGGGAAAGCUCGACCUGGGGCAGCGUGCGGCCUCUUAUGAAACUGCUGGAGAUCUCAGGGCACGGCAUCCCCUGGCUGCUGGGCACCCUCUACUGCCUGACCAGAAGCGACAGCCAGGCCGGGCGCGAGGUGUUGAUGAAUCUGCUGUUUGCGCUGCUGUUGGACCUGCUGCUGGUGGGCCUCAUCAAAGGGCUGGUCCGCAGGCGACGCCCGGCCCACAAUCAGAUGGACAUGUUUGUGACCCUCUCGGUGGACAGGUACUCCUUCCCUUCGGGCCACGCCACGAGGGCCGCCAUGGUGUCACGCUUCAUCCUGAAACACCUGGUGCUGGCCAUUCCGCUGAGGGUGCUGGUGAUCGUGUGGGCCUUCAUCCUGGGCCUCUCCAGGGUCAUGCUGGGGCGUCACAAUGUCACCGACGUGGCUUUUGGCUUUGUGCUGGGCUACAUGCAGUACAGCAUUGUGGACCACUGCUGGCUGUCACCCCACAAUGCUCCGUUCCUCUUUGCACUGUGGAAUCAGCAGUGACAUCACGGACCGUGUGGCACCAGGCGCUCUCAAGGUUUCUUUGUCCCCCAUUCAGCCCAGCAGCAUACCACUGGCCCCUGACAACAUUCCAGGCUUGGAAUUCCUGGCAGGUGUCCUGUGGUCCUGAGGUGUUGCUAGGCCAAUAGCAAGUGCCAGCCGUUUCUGAACACAACCGUACUAGGGAAAACAGAAAAGAAAAAAAGAAAAACCUCUACUGUAUAUUCAUUUAAUAACUGUUUGUGUCUCCAGGACAACUGCAAAGAAACCAGGCUGGGAUGGUUUUACUAUUACUGUUUUGUUGUUGCUGCUGUUUUUUUUCUGAAACAGCAAUGAGUCUGGUUGGUUGGUUGGUUGGUUGGUUUUUGGCAAUCCUUUUGUUUCUGGACUUCAUGGAUAAGCUACAUCUUACUCCCAAUCCUUUCUGUGUGGUAGACUUAAAACAGUAUUUCAAAGAUCAGAGGCAUAGAUUUUUCCAGGUGACUCCCUGAGGCUCUGUUGCCAUAGCUGGGCAGAGUGCUUCUUGGGUUCUGGUUUCCUUGGAAAGCCUUUAUUCCUUUAUCUCUCGCAUGCUUGUGGACUGGGUGCGGGGAGAAACAAUGACAGGACUUGACUUUUUGUCUUAUCCCCCAUACCUCACAAGAUCUUGAAAUAUUUGCUCCCCACCAUUCAUGUCGGGAGAACAAGCUGGAGGAGGUUCUUAGAAACAUGGAAGAGGUAUGCGUUCUCUAAGGUGCUCCCAGGAAAAGCAGGGAUGGGAGAGUAUGUCUCCAUGAUUAGCUCUCGUGACCACUGACAACGGGGAGGGGAAGGUUGGAGGAACUGGGAGUCUGGGGGACAGACUCCACACCCAGCAUGUUGAUGGGCAGUCUGGCUGGAGAUGGGGCCCUGCCUCCUUGCCAUCGCUACUAAAUAAAUACCAAUGCCGUUCUGUUAGAGCAGAGAAGGAAAACUUCUCCGUAUAUCUAUAUAUGAAAAAAAUCUUCUGAUAAUCUUUAUUACCAGUUAUUUUAGCAUGUAUACAUAGGAUUCCCAUAAACCUUUGAAUCUGACAAGGCAUGCGGAUGGGCUCUGAUUGGAGGAAAACAAAAACACCCUUCCCAGAGUGACAGUCACCCUGAAAUAAGAACUGCCACUCCCCCCCCAAAUACAGUGAUAUCGUUUGCAUUCCCAAUAUCCCCUGAACACAACUACCUCUUGUGUAAAAUCAGCAAAGCUGUGAAAGUUCUAAGUCGUUUUCCUGCUGUCUUCCAGGAAUCUGACCAGGAGUUAAGGAGUGUAGGACCAGAGGUCUCUUUCCGCCCGGAUAUGCAGACCCUGGGGGCAAAGUAGUGAUAUUUCUUCUUGCGCUGUUCACAACUCUUGACUGUUGGGGUACCUGCCUUCUGUGGGGUACUUCUGGAAUUCCCUGCUUUAGCUGCCAGGGCCUGCGUUUGCAUCCCUUUUUAAAACACAGGUGAAUUCACCUGACUUUCUGGGGGCAUACUAAGUACUGUAGUGCAGAAGACGGAUUUCAUUGCUAAGUAACUGUCCACUGAGGAAUGUCUUUUCACAAUGAAUAAAUUUAACCCACACUGUUGAAUGAAA